AUGUGGACUGCUGCUGACGCAAUCUUCACAGACACUGCCGUCCUUCAGGGUAACUUCAAGACGAGGCACCCAGAAUGUCACUCUCUGGCGGAUAUGGGAGAAAAAGUCGGUGGUGUCGCGCUGAAGGAGCUCAUUGGUUUCCUCUACCUGGUCGCCUAUAUUCUCUGCACGGGCAGUGGCAUCGUCGGCCUGUCAGUCGGUUUCAACGCGCUCUCCGACCACGCCGCCUGCACAGUGUGGUGGUCGUUCAUCUCGUUCGUCAUCAUCACGGCGGCGGCGUCGGUCCGAACCCUGCGCAACAUCGGCUGGCUCACCUGGGUCGGCUUCUUCUCCAUCUUCAUCGCCAUCCUCGUCGUCGUCAUUGGCGUGACGCUGCGGGAUCGUCCCGCCGCCGCGCCGCAGGAGGGCGACUACGAGCUCGGUUACUACGCCAUUGCGUACCCGAGCUUUGUGGCCGGCAUGACGGCGACGGCAACCAUUUUCGUCUCCUCGGCCGGAACUUCUGCCUUCCUCCCAGUCAUCUCCGAGAUGCGUAACCCUCGUGACUACAAGAAGUCUCUGUACAUUUGCAUGGGACUGGUCCUCGCCAUGUACCUGUCCUUUUCGCUGGUCGUCUACCGAUGGUGCGGCCAAUGGGUAGCCAACCCUUCGCUGGGCAGCGCCGGCGGCACGUUGAAAAAGGUGGCAUACGGCAUCGCUCUGAUCGGUCUCAUUGUCAGUGGCUGUCUGUACCAGCACGUAGCGGCCAAGUACUUGUUUGUGCGCAUCCUGCGCGGCACCAAGCACCUCCAGGCCAAUACCGUGACGCACUGGGUAACGUGGCUGGGCUGUUCCAUUUCCCUCGGCAUCGUUGCCUUUAUCCUCGCCGAGGCCAUUGCCAUCUUCAACUACCUGAUUGCCCUGACGGGCUCCAUCUGCUUUGCGCCCAUGGCCAUUAGUAUCCCCGGCGUCCUGUGGCUGUAUGAUUUCUCGUCAUACAGAAAGGGAAGUCUCUGGCAAAAGGCUCAGUACGGAUUCCACUGCUUCCUUAUCGUUCUCGGCUUGUUCAUCUGCAUUGGUGGAACGUACUCGACUGUGCUCUCCAUCAAGGCAGCUUACGCUUCUGGCGAGAUUGGCUCCGCAUUUAGCUGUGCUGAUAACUCUGGUACCGUUGGUUAG